GGUUUCUACGUCGCGUUGCGCCUCGUGGCGUGUGCACAGAACGGCCACGAUGUGAACCUGAGCAGCCUCAAUUUGACUGUGCCACCUCCUAAAUUUCAUGACAGUAGCAGUCCUUUAAUGAUCACACCACCCUCAACAGAGACUCACUGGGCUGUUAGGGUGGAAGAAAAAGCAAAGUUUGAUGGUAUUUUUGAAAGCCUUUUGCCAGUAAAUGGUUUACUUUCAGGAGACAAAGUAAAACCAGUACUGAUGAAUUCAAAGCUACCUCUUGAUAUCCUUGGAAGGGUCUGGGAUCUCAGUGACAUUGAUAAAGAUGGUCACCUGGACAAGGAUGAAUUUGCUGUGGCAAUGCAUUUGGUUUAUAGAGCUCUUGAGAAAGAGUCAGUUCCUUCCCAAUUGCCCCCUUCUCUCAUACCACCUUCGAAAAGAAAGAAGAGCUCAGUCUUCCCUGGAGCAGUCCCUGUUCUCCCUGCGAGCCCUCCCCCAAAGGACAGCCUGCGUUCCACCCCGUCCCACGGCAGCGGCACCAGCCUGAACAGCAUCGGCAGCCUGUCCCCCAAGCACAGCAUCAAACCAGCACAGGUACCCCUCUUCCCUUCUUAUUUUU